CUUAUGUAUGAAUAUGAUGUACCACUAUAAAGUGGCAAAAACAAAAAAAUCUAAAAUCUUUUUGAAGGUUUAGGGUUUUAGAAAGCGAAUCUGAAUCGAAAAUCGAAGAUGUUGAGAGUAAAUCGAGUGAUCAAUCAAACUAGGGCUUCGAUUUCCACUCUUCAACAUCUCCUAAAUCAUGAACAAAAGCUUUUUCCUUUCCCUCCUCAACAUUUCGCUCGAAAAUCCUCCAAUCGCUUCUUCGACAUUUACAAGGUAAUUCACCCUCGAAAAUCCUCCAAUUGCUUCUUCGACAUUUACAAGUUUGGAAGCAAAACAGAAAUCGAGAAAGAACGGGCAAGACUUGCUGAUGAAUUGAAUAGAGGAUAUUUUCAGGAUAUGUCUGAGCUAAAACAACAUGGUGGUAAGAUUGCAAUCGCAAAUAAGAUUUUAAUUCCUGCAAUGGCGGCUAGGAAGUUUCCUGCCGUGGAUGUGAUAUACUCUGAUGGCAGAAAGUUAAAGCUGCCGGUUAUUUUUAAUGGAAAUGGGGGUGAUGCCGACAAGUUGGCUGUCCCUAAAGCGUCUUUAGUCUGUUUAUCAUUUAGAGCAAACUCUCAGGGAAUGGUUGAUUCUUGGAGCAAGCCUUUUUAUGAAACCUUUAGUGAGUCCAAGAAUGUUCAGAUAUAUGAGGUGUCAUUUAUAGACUCUUGGCUCUUAUGCUUGAAUCCAAUUAAGAGACUGCUUCUUCGAUUUAUGAGGAAAUCUAUUGAUGGAGAGAAGGACAUUCUUCAGAAGCAUAUUGUUUAUUCAUUUGGUGACCAUUAUUACUUCCGAAAGGAACUUAAGAUACUGAACCUUCUAACUGGGUAUAUUUUCCUACUUGAUAAAUUUGGUAGAGUAAGAUGGCAAGGCUUUGGUUUGGCAAAACAAGAGGAAUUGUCAUCACUUCUUUCUUGCACGACACUUCUUCUAGAGGAGAAAUAGAUACUUUGGCUUGUCUGAAGCGGUUACUUUAAAAGCAAGCCUAUUAGCACUUGGCACUUGGCACAAAGGUUUGAGGAAUCCAACACUUUGAGAGGCAUCAUUUGUUGUAGAAUAAUAACCUUGCUGUUAAGUUUUUAGCAGGAACCGAUGUAUGAUAAUCUUCCCUUUUACUGAUUUAUAGAAUUUAAUGAAUUAUGCAUUAUUAUUUUA